CUGUGCUCUUGGAGGGUGGGGCCUGCGCUCAGAGAGAGGGAAUUAGGGUGAGCAGGGUGAGUGGGCGCAGCCGCCGCCGCCACCGCAGCCGUCUGGGUAGACACCUUCGCUGCGCCCGGAGCCCUCAGCAAGUGUUCAUUGAGGGCGUAUUAUGUGCUGACAGUGUGCCCGUCGCUGGGGAUGCAAAGCUCCAGCGGAGCCAUGUCCGAGCGGGAAGAGCGGCGGUUUGUGGAGAUCCCUCGGGAGUCGGUCCGGCUCAUGGCAGAGAGCACGGGCCUGGAGCUGAGCGACGAGGUGGCGGCCCUGCUCGCGGAGGACGUGUGCUACCGGCUCAGAGAGGCCACACAGAAUAGCUCACAGUUCAUGAAACACACCAAACGGCGGAAGCUGACCGUCGAGGAUUUCAACAGGGCUCUCCGAUGGAGCAGCGUGGAGGCCGUGUGUGGUUAUGGGUCCCAGGAGGCGCUGCCCCUGCGCCCUGCCAGAGAGGGUGAGCUGUACUUCCCUGAGGACCGAGAGGUGAACCUGGUGGAGCUGGCCUUGGCCACCAACAUCCCUAAAGGCUGUGCCGAGACAGCUGUGAGAGUUCAUGUCUCCUACCUAGACGGCAAAGGGAACCUGGCCCCACAAGGAUCAGUACCCAGCGCGGUGUCUUCGCUGACUGAUGACCUGCUCAAGUACUACCAACAAGUGACCCGGGCUGUGCUGGGGGACGAUCCGCAGCUGAUGAAGAUUGCUCUCCAGGACCUGCAGACUAACUCCAAGAUAGCGGCCCUCCUGCCUUACUUUGUCUAUGUGGUCAGUGGGGUGAAAUCUGUCAGCCACGACCUGGAGCAGCUGCACCGGCUCCUCCAAGUGGCCCGGAGCCUGGUUCGGAACCCACACUUGUGCUUGGGGCCAUACGUUCGCUCCCUGGUAGGCAGCGUCCUCUACUGCGUCCUGGAGCCGCUGGCUGCCUCCAUCAACCCUCUGAAUGACCACUGGACUCUUCGGGAUGGCGCCGCCCUCCUGCUCAGCCACAUCUUCUGGACCCACGGGGACCUGGUGAGCGGCCUUUAUCAGCAGAUCCUGCUCUCCCUGCAGAAGGUCUUGGCAGACCCGGUGCGGCCUCUCUGCUCUCAUUACGGGGCUGUGGUGGGGCUGCAUGCCCUUGGCUGGAAGGCGGUGGAACGAGUCCUGUACCCACACCUGUCCACUUACUGGACAAAUCUGCAGGCUGUGCUAGAUGAUUAUUCCGUCUCUAACGCCCAGGUUAAAGCAGAUGGGCACAAGGUUUACGGAGCCAUUCUGGUGGCUGUGGAGCGACUGCUGAAGAUGAAGGCCCAGGCAGCAGAGCCCAACAAGAGCGGCCCAAGCGGCAGGGGGUGCCGGGGCUCGGAUGAUCUCCCCUGGGACAGCCUCCUUCUGCAGGAGUCUCCCUCCGGGGGCAGCGCGGAGCCAGGCUUUGGGUCUGUCCUCCCGCUGCCGCCAGGAGGCGCGGGGCCGGAGGACCCUUCCCCAUCGGUGACCCUGGCGGACAUCUACCGGGAGCUGUACGCCUUCUUCGGGGACAGCUUGGCCACCCGCUUUGGCACCGGGCAGCCCGCACCCAGCACUCCGCGGCCGCCCGGGGACAAGAAGGAGCCGGCGGCCGCCCCGGACUCGGUGCGCAAGAUGCCGCAGUUGACGGCCAACGCCAUGGUCAGCCCGCAGGGCGACGAGAGCCCCCGCGGCGGCGGCCCCGCGGCAGCCUCUGCGCCCGCCGCCUCCGAGAGCCGGCCGCUGCCGCGCGUGCACCGGGCGCGGGGGGCGCCCCGGCAGCAGGGGCCCGGCGCCGGCACCCGCGACGUCUUCCAGAAGAGCCGCUUCGCCCCGCGCGGCGCCCCCCACUUCCGUUUCAUCAUUGCUGGGCGGCAGGCCGGGAGGCGGUGCCGCGGGCGCCUCUUCCAGACGGCCUUCCCCGCGCCAUAUGGGCCCAGCCCGGCCUCGCGCUACGUACAGAAGCUGCCCAUGAUCGGCCGCACCGGCCGCCCGGCCCGCCGCUGGGCGCUCUCAGACUACUCGCUGUACCUUCCGCUUUGAAGCGGCGCGUCCCCGCCCCCUCCUCUGUAAAUAAAGCCCGGCGUCGGAA